ACAGGUUGCAAUGUAGAGAAUGCAUGCUACUCUGCUGGAUUGUGUGCUGAGAGGACUGCAAUCUCUAAAGCUGUGUCUGAGGGACAUAAGAGCUUCAAAGCCAUCGCAAUUGCCAGUGACCUUGAAGAUCGCUUUAUUUCUCCAUGUGGAGCCUGUAGGCAGUUCAUGAGAGAGUUUGGCUCACAGUGGGACGUUUAUAUGUCAAAAUCUGAUGGAUCUUACAAACUGAUGACAGUGGAGGAGCUCCUGCCGUCUUCAUUUGGCCCCGAUGACCUGAGGGCAAGAGAAAACCAUUAAACUUUUGAC